AUGGGUAAUCAUAACACUAACAGUAGGUUUUUUGACCACACUUUGAAAACGACUUUACCGAAGAAAGAGAAAACGGCUGAUGUUUUAGAAAUAGAGCAUGAUAGGUUUAUGAAAUUUAAAGAUGAGUUAACUGCACUAUUCCCAGAAAUGACAGAAACAACUGCGUAUUCACUCUAUAAUAAAUUCGCAAACCGGGAUGAUUCUUUGGAGAGUGCUAGUAAUGCAUAUCUGGAUAAUUCUAACAACUAUAGCAAUUGUGGGUUCGAGACUUUGAACAAACGAGAUUUCAAAUCUGGUAAGGGCGAUGAUAUGAAAAUUGCAAAAUCAACAACCCCUAUCCCACAGAAAAAGAGGUCAAGAGUGAAUGGGAUAGAUAUAUUCGUACAGAAUCAUGAAAAUUCCAGUAAGAAGCAAAAACAUGUUGAAGAAUACGUCAAUAAGAAAGAGCCACUGGAAUGGAAAAAGUAUAUUGGAACCCUUAAUGUCCAAUGCUGGUGUACACGAUCUAUAUUCAAUUUGGGGUCUAUAUACAGAGAAAAUAGGUUAAUUUUCACUAAAUCACCAAGUAAUGAUGUGAUUUAUGUUAGUCAACAAGCAGAAGGGAGUCCUUAUAAGAGAGAACUUGGCAGAGUUGUUGAAGAUAUUUCAGAAAUUAUCGGACCGUUGCUUAUGGAAAAUGCUAUGGAGUUCGAAAGUAAAUUGUUCUAUGUGGAUACUACAAGACUGAGUACUGGAGACUCAUUUAUCAUAAGAACAAGAUGUUUUCUAAGAGGUUCAAUAUUUGAAAAUGAGACGUCACUGGGUGAGCACGAUGAUUUCGUAAUAGAACAAUUAAAGGUCAUGAAGGAUUCAAACGGUAAGAUAAAUGCAGGUACCAGACUUAAAAGUGCAAUUCUUAAGCUAUUUAAACUCAUUGAACUGAAAACAGAUAAAGAGUUGGAAAGAGAACACCUCACUCUUAUAAAAGCUGGAAGUACACAUGAUAUUUUGAGUGAUCAGAAUAUGGAAAAGGAACCCAUAUAUGCCGGAGAUAUCAGUACUGAAAAUUCUGAUGGGACCGAACUCAGUCUAAAUCAAGUCAAAGAUUUAUAUAAAAGCACAGAAUUGAGUGUUCUUCAAGAAAUCCUUCCUGAGAGUAUUCCAGACAAUUUCAACAUUGAAUUGAGGACGUAUCAGAAGCAAGGACUAAGUUGGAUGUUACAACGUGAAAAAGAGUAUGAUAAUGUUGGUCUCAACAAUGUGAACCUUGAAAACAAGGAAAAAGAGUUUAUUAUUGCUAAAUUGAUGGCACUUGAAAAAUCGUUGAACCCACUAUGGAAAGAAUAUACGUGGCCACCAGCGCCUGAAAACAUACCUCAGUCUUAUGAGCCUGACAAUAUUGGAGACAAAUUUUAUCUUAACAUGUACAAAGGUACGUGCUCUACUGUAAAACCUGUUAUUAAUUCUGACUGCAAAGGUGGAAUCCUUGCUGAUGAGAUGGGUCUUGGCAAAACCAUUACUACUUUGGCGCUAAUUUUCUCUUGCCCAAAGGAUAGGCUGUAUGAAUCAUUACCGAACGAUCAUAUGGCAAAAGUGAAUGAUUAUGCUUAUCAAACCACGUUGAUUGUUGUUCCAAUGGCUUUGUUGACUCAGUGGGAAAAGGAGUUUACUAAAGUCAAUGGAGAUGCAAAAAAAAACUUCUGUUACAUUUAUUAUGGCUCUGGUACUCUUGGAAAUCUAAAGUCAAUUUUGUGUGGAAAGAAUCCUCCUCGUAUUAUUUUGACGACAUAUGGUAUGAUCCAAUCUGAAUGGGCCAAAUCUAACAGGGUAGAUUCAAGAAGUGGGCUUUUCUCAGUCAAGUUCUUCAGAGUCAUAUUAGAUGAAGGGCACAAUAUAAGGAAUAAAUCCACCAAAACUGCUAAAGCAGUUAAUUCAAUCAGAUCCGAAAGAAAUUGGAUUUUAACUGGUACUCCUAUAAUUAACCGUUUAGAUGAUUUGUUCUCAUUGAUUCAAUUCUUGCGCUUAAGGCCAUGGUGUUACCAUUCAUUGUGGAGGCACUGUAUAUCUGUUCCCUUUGAAACAGGUAAAGACAUCGAUGUGGCAACAGAUUUGUUGAAAUCAAUCCUUGAUCCUAUUCUAUUGAGAAGAACCAAAAAUCAGAGGGACAAAGAUGGUAACUUUUUAGUGACGCUCCCAUCUAAAGAAGUUAUAAUAGAAAAAAUAAAAAUGACGAAGAAGGAGCAACUUAUUUACGAUUGGCUUAAAGAGAAGGCAGUUUCUUCCUUCAAAGAAAGUUAUAGGGCGGGUUUGAUUUUCAAAAACUAUACAACCAUUUUGACCCAACUACUUAGACUCAGGCAGGUUUGUUGCCAUGUUGAUUUGAUUAAGAACACCUCAGACACUUCAAAAGAAGCGAUUGUUGAUGAUGAUGUUGAUGUUAGAAAAAAUACACAGUCCAAGCUGAUUAAUCAGACAAACGAAGAGGUAUUGUCUCUUAUUCGUACUAUUGAAAUGAAUGAAAAGCAGCAGAGAUUACCACUUGACACAAUUAAUAAACUUAAAUCAGAAAUAUACGAAUUGUAUCCUAGAUUAGAAGAGAACGAGUGCUCAAUCUGUACUGAAGCACUAGAUAUUGAUACAUGUGUUGUGACUGAAUGUAAGCACUGCUUUUGUCUAGGAUGUUUGAUGGAACAUUUUGAAUUUCAACUUACACAUAAAUCUGGCACUUUAGAAGAAGCAGACGAAAAUGACAUUUUGGCAAACCAAGAACAACUUAUGAAAGCUCAAGAGGUUUUUUGUCCUAUGUGUAGAACCCAAAUCAAUCAAAAUCGACUUUUAAAAACACUAAGGACAAGUGAAACAAACACUGAUAGCCUGCGUAACCUAAACAACGAUGGUUUUUUGACGACCCAGGGCCCGGUUGAAAAGAGGGAUUAUUUUAUUAGGCCUUAUACCCCCAAUGGACAAUCAUCAAAAAUAAAUGCUCUUUUAACUCAUCUAGAAAUGAUUAAAUGUCAAUCACCUGGGGACCAUGUUAUAGUUUUCUCGCAGUUUACAAGUUUCUUAGAUUUGAUAGAAGAAGAACUUCACAAAUAUAAAAAUGAGUAUAAGGUCCAUAAAUUUGAUGGUAGAUUAAACCUUGAACAACGACACCGCGUACUAAAUGAUUUCGAGGAGCCAGUGAAAUCUGGUGAGACCAAAGUGUCCAUACUGCUGUUAAGCUUGAAAGCUGGCGGGGUCGGGCUUAACUUAACAGUUGCCUCCAAAGCCUUUUUGAUGGACCCACAUUGGAAUAAUGCCAUCGAAUUCCAAGCAAUCGAUAGAAUACAUCGUGUCGGUCAAUGUAAGGAUGUUAAGGUCGUCAGAUUCAUCACAGAAGGAAGCAUAGAGGAGAGGAUGUUACAAAUACAAGAAAAAAAAAACCAACUAGGUGAAGCUUUGACGAUUACUGACGAAGAAAGAAGGAAGAGAAAACUGGAAGAAUUACAAAGCCUUUUUAAUGAGUAA